AAUGGCAUCAAAAUACUUAUAAAAAUAUCCAGUACCAGAGGGAUUUCAUUAAAUAUUACAUGAUUUUGCUAGAGAAGUAAAUAGUAUUUUAAUAAAAAGGUAUUAAGAGAUUAACCAGAUGAUAUCAUAAAGUAUGGUGCAGAUUAUUUUGAAUGUAUGGCAUAAGGAAAAGAAUUUAAAUUUGAAAGCAAAUACAAUAUAGCCAAAGGAGAGGCUCCAGCUAGAGUACACAAGCCACCUAAACCUUCAAAUAUGACUGAGAAGGCAAAAAUAGUAGUAGAGAUGUCAAAUAACAGACCUGAAAGUCAGAAAAGAGUGGGAUCUGGUAAUCCAAACAAUGUUUCCCAUGUCAGUUCUUAAGGAAGCUUUCCUGAAGAGAAGAAAGCUGCAAAGGAAUAUGUGAAUAAUCUUUAUGAUAAGAUCACAAAGGAUAUUGAUGAUUUUGAAAAUCCAAUUGAGUAACCUGAGGAAUUGCCAAAAUUAACCAGUUUUGUAAUGAAAUAAUAUUAAUUUAUUAGGAUGAUAGAGACAUGCAAAAUAUUAUUAAGAUCUAAGCAGCAGCUAAAGGAAAAAUAGUUCGAAAUAAAGUGAAUAAGGAUCAAAAGAAAUCAAAAGAAGACGUAAAAUAAAAAGAAUAGAUUGAUGAGUAAUAAGAAGAGGUAAUGUAAAUUCAGAAUGAAGAAUAAUAAUAAAUGGGUGAUGUUGAAGAAUAAGGAGUCCUUUAGACUUAAUUAAUUGAAGGUGUAUAAGAAUAAGCUUAGGAAGAAGAAUGA